AUGGAAAAUCAACACCACUGUGACAAUGAUGAUGCCCACAAAGGCUCUUCUGCAUCUGCAGAUGCUGGAAAUGAUUGUGAGACUCACAGCUCAGACAUCCAGUAUCGGUACCGCUGGGACCUGCCCCGAUUGACAAGAGGCUUCUUCACCUUUGAAGUUCAGACUAACAAUGACGUCCACGUGGCUUUGUCAUCUAUGAACCAGGAUCUAGAUGACAUGUAUGAAAUUGUCAUCGGUGGAUGGUCUAACACACAGUCUGUCAUACGCCGCGGCAAGCAAGGCAGCAACCUUGUGACAGCGUCGACUCCUGGAAUCAACUCCCGGGAAGAGUACAGAAAGUUCAGGAUCACCUGGUCUUCAGAUGGAACCAUUGCUGUUGAGAGGCGUGGUGAAACUCAGUGGACCUUCAUGCAGUGGACAGACCCCAACCCCCUUCCUAUCAACUAUGCUGGAUAUUCCACUGGGUGGGGGAGUGAUGGACUUUGGAAGUUCUAUGCUGAGCUUGCAGUAUGGGAUCCAUUACACCAGCAUCGAUCACAAAUCAUAGAGGAUUUGAAACCAGAUGUAGAGGGGCUGGUUAAAUAUCUGUCUCGAGAGGAUGUCCUGACAGAACAGGACCUUGAAACAAUCGGCGAUGAAGGAACACUUGAAGAUGAAGAUGAAGAUGAAGAUGAAGAAAAAGGAACUGCUGCUGGUGACAUUUUCAACUCAAUUCAAAACACCACCAAGCCUGUAGAACAGUUCUUCAAGAGCAAAGAUUUCAUUGCAGUUGAACAAGCUGUACAGAUGAACCGUGCCUUCACAGACCGUCCAGUGACAGUGUUGUAUGGACCCGGUGGGUCUGGAAAGACGCAGAUAUCUCGCAAUCUAGCGAGAGAGGUUCUCCAGCACUACCCAACUGCUGUGGCGUAUAUGAUAGAAGGGAGAGACCAGGACUGUUACCUUAGAAGCUUGCUGAGCCUUCUGAAGGAACUAAAUGUUGAUCAACCAGUUGGCAACAUUGGAAUUGUGGGUACGAGUACAUGCCUGCAAAAGGCUUUUUUAAACAGGGACACCCCAGUCUUCUUGAUUGUUGAAGACUUAGAGGAUGGCUCUUUUGUAAGGCCAGAUUUGAUACCAAAUAUGAUGCAGUUCAGGAUGGUCAUCAUCACACGUAAAGAUCCAAGCCAACUCCAACUUUCAGAGGGAGUCCACAAGCGUAGCUCCUUCAUCGAAAUGAAGGGGUUCCAAGGAGGGGAGGAGCUGGGAGAUUUCCUCAAGGAAAAACUUCCAGAGCAGGAGUACCAGAUUAAAGAUUUACAGGACUUGAAUGACCUGUUCGAUGGAAACCCAUUGGGAUUAGCUGUAGUUGCUGAGUACGUCCGCCGCAACCGCAUCAGCCUCGGAAACUGCAUCGCCAGCCUGAAAGACGAGAAGACAGCAAAGAUCAUCCAACAGAAUGCAAAGAAAAAGUGGUUGUGUCAACACUACGACAAGUUUGAAGAGGGAAAGUUUCAUCGAUCCUUACAGGUUGCUGUGGACAGGCUGGCAAGACAAGAGCAAGUUGCUCCAGGACAAGGAGUAACAUCAUCUCAAGGAAGUCUUCAAGAGACAAGCAUGAAAGCAGCUCCAACUGCAAUAGGAUGUGAAGAAUCAUCCUCAUCGAGCGAAGACCUGACUACACAAGAAGGAAGUUUUCAUUAUGGAAUGAAGAUCCAACGAGCCUUGUAUGGAGGGAUGGAAGGUGUAGAACAACACUCUGCACGGCAACUUGACACAGCCAGGAAAAUGCAACGUGCAAAGCCAUGUGAGGGAAUGAGCGGCAAACCCAGUGAGAAAAGAAAGCAGAGCAGCAGAGGGAUCUGUGGGGCUGUCUCAGAAGAUAGAGAUAACAAGAAGAAGAAAGUGCCUUGUAAUGGCAGAAGCAAGGUGGAAGGAAGUGCUGUUAGAGAUGGGAAAUCGGCACACAAAGCAAUGGCACAGCUCUCACAAAAGAAAGAAACCCAGAAGCACAAUGCCGAAGCUGUAACGAAGACACUUCCAAACAGACAAAAGAAGGCAAGAAAGCCAAAAGGUUCUGCUGAACAUGUCAACAGGAUGACAGCAUCAAGAUGCGACAAAGAAAGGAAAGGAAGAGAUGAACAAGAGUAUACACCAUCCUCCACUGACCCGGCCACACAACAAGGAAGUUUUCAAGAGACAAGCAUGGAAGCAGAUCCAACUGAAACAGAAUGUGGAGAAUCAUCCUCCAGUAGUGAAGACCCAGCCACACAAGAAGGAAGUCUUCAAGAUGGAAUAAAGAUCCAAGGAGCAUUGUAUGGAGGGAUGGAAGGUGUAGAACCAUGCCCAGCACAGCAGUUUGAGACAGCCAGGAAAAUGUCACAUCCAAAAACAUCUGAGGGAAUGAGUGGCAAACCCAGUGAGAAAAGAAAGCAGAGCAGCAGAGGGAUCCGUGGGGCUGUCUCAGAAGAUAGAGAUAACAAGAAGAAGAAAGUGCCUUGUAAUGGCAGAAGCAAGGUGGAAGGAAGUGCUGUCAGAGAUGGGAAAUCAGCACUAAAAGCAAUGGCAAGGCCUUCACAAAAGAAGGAAUCCCAGAAACACAAUGCAGCAGUUGAAAUAAAGACACCUCCAAACAGACGAAAGAAGGAUAGAAAGUAUCCAAGAGGUUUUGAUGAACAUGUCAACAGGAUGACAGCAUCAAGAUGUGACAAGAAAAGUAAAAGAAAAGAUGAAUCAGAGCAUACAAAGUUUAGUUGUGUUGCUAGCAUAAUGGAUAAAGACAGAAAGUCAAAGAUAACUUUGGAAAGCGUGAAGAAGGACAGGCUUUCAUCUGGAAAAUGUUCAUCAGAUUCUGCAAUGUCAAGUCAGGCGGGUGAAGCCAUGAAAAGGAGUGCUAGAGGAAUUGAUGUAGAAAAGAGAAAGAGUAAAGAUGAACGUAAGAGUAAUGCAGACAUCCCUCCAGACGAGGAAAUACCAACAACUCCAAAAGUACCGACUUCUCCGUCCCCAAGUAUCCGUGCUAACCAGGGCAGUACAGGUACUAUCCCAAAAGUAUUGAGUGACUGCCAAGGAGACAGAUCUAAGAGCUACGAUGAGAUGCAGUAUUGUCGACCACCAGAGAAGGGGGAGAAGUUAGGGGAUGAGUCUAGCAACACAGACUCAACAGAAUCCCUACUGGACAAUAAUGUAGAGAAGGAUGCAAGUACAAGCACUGAGCCUAUCAUAGAGCCACAAGAUGACAAAGUUCUGGUAGACGUGGAAUAUCCUCCAUCAGGACCAGCUGCUCUUAUCCAUCUACAGAAUGAACUCCAUCCUAGAUGCCACCUGACAGAAGUUUCUGUACGAACUGAUCUGUAUCACCCUGAAGGUGAAGAGUCAGCUGACUCUUUAGCAACUACAGGUAGUAGUUUGCAGAAAUCAGUUGUUGACAACUAUUACAAAGGGCUAAUUUUGCCUGGUGAGGUCUACUAUGGACAAACAGGUCAAGUCUAUGCUGUGCCAUACACCAGCCCCAGUGGACAAGCUCCUAGAAUCCAAAUAGGAGGCAACGCAUACUGGCUACCAGACUGGCUGACUGGUGCCUGUGGGGCUGAAGACAUUGACGAGAGAAAUCUCUACCUAAGUGCAACAGAGACAGUUUAUUUACCUAGAAGACACCCAACUGAUGGAGUACAUCAACAAUGUCAGUAUCUGAACAGUCGGAAAGGACGAACGGACAAGGACCAAAAUGGUCAUCCUGAUGAUUUGAUAGUGGAUUCUCUGCAGGAAAGUUUCUUUUUGGAUGCAAAUGGUUGGGUCACUUGGAUGGUACCCCAGCCACAACCACCAGAACCAGAUCCUGUAUUUGUGAAAGUCCUCAACACAGCAGGACAGCUUGUGACAGAAGUGAGAGUAUUUGGAGCAGUGUAUGUGGAAGACCUUGCACUGUAUGUGGCUGAACAGGUGUUUGCUGACCAACCAUUGGUGGCUUUCACCUUGAGAUGGCCAGGAGGCUUCAACAUCCAGCCGCUAACAUUGGUGCGACAAGACAUGACGUUACAGGUGCAUCAUGCCCCAGACGAGGACCAGACUUGGGUGUGGAGAAUUAUACCAAGUCCUUAAGAAAUAUACUUUGCCCAUUGGCAAUAUGGUGCCAUGAUUCAGACUUACAUGUUGUAGUCAGAUUGACACACAUGCAAGUAUGUUAUCCAGAGAUGGCUGGCUAGCUUCUUCAUUUAUGCAGAGCCAUUUUGAUAGUCUCUAAUGAUUUCAAAUGUUUAAUAUACAUGUAGCUCCUUUCUCGCUGUGCAUUUGUAUUCAAAAUACAAAGUUUUUGUCAAAGUUUAUCAUCAUUGAGGUUUCUUAAGAGAUUGCCAGUAAGAAGUAAUUAGGAUGUUUGUAUAUAAUGUAAAUGAUUAUGUUAUACAUUUAGUUAAAGGUGUUGUGAUUUACAUUGUAGCUAUAGUGCUUUCAUGUUGCUGUAGGAAGUUGGGUUUAGUACAAUGUACUAGAAUUGUCAAACAAUUGUUUCGACAAAUUAAUUGUAACAUGAAAGAGGGA